ACAACAAACAUUAAACAAACUGUAAUCGAAAUUAAGAUGGUGGUGUAAACAGCUACAAAUUCAAUUUAAAAUUGAGUAUGGAAAUUGUGCAAUUAGGGCGGUGCAGAAACGCCCUUUUAUUAGAAAAAAAGAGUUCAUGGAACACUUCUGCUCUUGAAUAUACUAGUGCACACAUCGAACAGAUGAACUGCCGACACCGGCUAGCGUAAUACUGGGAUGAUAAAAUCGUAUCGUCUUGGACUAGCUUUAUGAAAAUUCCAGUGGCGCGAAAAAUGACAUUUGACGUCAACUACAAAACAUUAGAUUUUGUUUGCAAUUUUCUGUAGUUGUAUUUAAUAUUAAAUAAAUGAUCUGGCGAUGAGUGAUUCUGCUUAUAAACUUAAGUACCAAAAAUAUAAAAUACGUGUUAAAACUUGGGAGAAGGAUUUUAAACGAAAAUAUUCUCGUAUUCCAUCUAAAUAUGAUAUUCGAGAGGCGCCGCAAGAAAUACGAGAUUCUUACAAAAUGUAUUAUAAGUUGAAGACUUCAUUUUUGGAGGACACGUUGAAUGAUGUAUUUGAUGAUGACGGAUUCAAUGUGUUGGAAAUCUCUCAGGAUGAAUGCCAUUCAAUUGGAAAACACCACAACAAUGAAAGUCUAGAGAUGUCCAGCAGCAUUGCAGCAUUAGUUGGCGGUAACACAGGUUCCAGCAUUCUCAAUGAAUUCAACCAGUGUGAAGAGCCAGCACGGCCGAUUGCAAAAAAGGAUUACGGAGAAAAAGUUGUUAAAGUAUUUGAUGCUGUAGAACUUUGCGAGUCAAAUGAAAAGGCAUGGGGCCCUGAAGUAAGCAAAAAACCCAUUACGAAGGAUGGAACAAAAUGCCCACAAGAAGUUGACAAUUUAAAAAAACCCUUCUUGUCUAAUUUAUCUGCCAAACUUUUUAAAUCUACAUCAUUCAGCAAGCGCAAUCCCAGAAAAUCGCUUUCGCGUGCAAAUUCGGAAACAAAUUCGCAACUAUUGCGACAAGAAAGUGCUCCCGGUAUAUGUCAACGUCCUGAAAUACUACCCGAUUUAGAGACAAUCUUAGUCCAAAAGGCGAAAGAACAGCAAUCAGCAGCUCUUACUGCUAAUCCUUUGCUUUCAG